AUGCUUUACUCUACCCUUACAAUUCCCCUGUUGUCUCUGGCCUCUGUUGCCCUCGCCGUUCCAGGCAGCCACAACGUCCAAGAUGCUUUGCCCUACGGCGCAUUCCCUUCCUCAUCUGCUUCGCCCUCCACGCUCUCAACGUCCGCCAUCCCCAAACCGUCCUCUUCCUCCUCCGCAGCCGCCACACCCUCUACAGCACCCGCCGCGGCCCAGUCCCCAGCCAGCAGCACCGGUGUGGGCAAAGCCAUCAUACAGAACCACUGUGACACGCCCGUCUACGUCUGGUCCGUCGGUUCAACGACGCCCGCUCCCGCGGAAGUCUCGCCAGGCAGCGAGUACAGCGAGAGCUACCGAUUGGACCACAGUUCGGGCGGCGUAGCCCUCAAGGUCAGCACCGAGGAGGAUGGACUUUACAAUAGCGCGCCUAUGACUAUCUUUGCCUACAACAUCAACGGCCAGCAGGUCUGGUACGAUCUUUCGGAUGUCUUCGGGGACGCGUUCAAGGGUCAUCCUGUUCAGUUGACUCCGGCGGAACCGGCUAUCUACUGGGCCGAUGGCGUUCGUCCGGCGGGUAGUCAGGUUCGAGUGCAGAAUGCGUCGGAUGACUUGACCUUGACGUUGUGUUAA